CGCCUCACCUCGCAAGCCCCCUGUGGGUUCCGACGGCAACCCCAUUCCGGCCUCCUCCAGGCCGCCCGCUGGCUCCCCAGCAGGGCAGCGUCAUACGGUUACCGAGGCCUCAGGGGGGCAAGUAGACACGGGCAAGGGUCACGGCAAGGAGAAUCUCGUCAAGGCGGGACAAGCGGGCGCUGAGGCGGCCCAGGGGGGAGACGCGGUUGGUCUCGGCAGGGAAAUGCCUGGGGCAAUGGAUCUCAGGGCGCCUGCUUGCGCUCCUGACAGGGGCGUUGAAGGUGGUUCGGGCGCUGCGGUCGGUUGCGAUUUCAGUUGGUACGGCGCCGACGAAACCGCAGCCGCAGCGACAGCCGCAAGGGCUGGUGUUGGAACGGUCACGUGUGCUGCGACGGCAGCAAGCAGCGAGCCGUCACAGCGGGACCGGUCACAGCACGCCUCGGAUGCGUACUUUGCUGUUCGCCUGCAGGCUGAGGACGCCCCUGCCAGCUGCGCUGCCUUCAUGCCGGCCUCACAGCUGCUAGCGGAGCAGCAGGGGGAGCAGCGGGCGCUGGCCCGGCUGGCAGCUGCAGCGACAACCGGGGGCUCUUCGUGGACGCGGCCGACGCAGGCGCCACAGCAGCCAACACAGCUGUACGGUAGCCACACUGCAGCAUCAGCAGGGGGAGGAGGAGGGAGAAAAGGAGGCGUAGCAUGGGGGCUAGGAGGUGUUGCAAGCUCUGGUGCUCAUGACGGGAGUGGGGCGACGUCUGCAAAGGGGGGUGCGGACUGGCCUGGGCAUUCUCAGUGGCAGCGGCCGCAUGAUGAGGCUUCGGGGGUGGUGACGCCCGUGUGGUUUAUUGCGAAUGGGCUGACGGCUAACGCAGCGGGUGCGGUUGAGAGGAGCGGGUAUGGUGGCGGCUAUGGGGGCGGGGAGGAAGGACUCAGUCCCUGGCUGGCCUACCUUUGCGACCUGUACGAGCAAGUUCCCGUCCCGCUGCAACUGAGCGAGGCAGGCCGCGUGGGGCCGCUGCGCCGCUCCGACGUGCCUCUGUCCGCAGUGGAUUUCCACGUGUCUGACGUCAUCUCGCAGCUAACAGGUCGGCCCGAGGUGCAGGCGGCGCUGCAGGCGGCCGGGGUGGACGUGUCGGCUUCGGCGGCGCCGGAGGACGCGGAGGACAUGCUGCGGUCCGCCAUGUGGCACUUCCGCAGCAGCAAGAACCCCAAGGCCUGGGUGCACAGCCUGUCCGCCUGCUGCCUCUCCUCGCCCUCGGGCGCAUGCAGCGAGCACCGCAGCCUGGUGUCGCAGCUGCAGGCGGAUGCAACGGUGCGGGAGCGGCUGGGGCCGGUGUGGGCCGCGGCGGCUCCCUGGGCGGACCGCUUCUCCGUGAACUACCUCGCGAGGCGGUUUGGGCCGCCGUAGGAGUGGCAGCCCCACAGCAGGGUAGUACAGCAAGGGGGGGUUCGAAUGGCGUGCAUAAGCGCAUGGGCAGGCAGGUGGCAGGCACUUUAUUACAGUGGGUGCAUGUAAACAGAGUAAGGGAUGAGCGCAGGGAUGCAGGUUGUAGGAUGAGCGGCUGCAGCACGGGUUGUGGCGCAUUGGAGUGCAGGUGUUUGCUGCGUUGAAGUUACCAAGAGUGCUAAAG